AUGCCAGCCCUGGUCCUGUUCGGCCGCCGCUGGCUGCUGUCGUCCAACGACGUUGCGCUCCCCGCCGCCGCCUGCGCCGUCUUUCACGCGGUCUGGUGCGUGCUGCUUGUCAUCUGGUUUGCCAGCGUGCACGGCCCCCGCGAGUGCAGCGGCGCGUGGCGCUACGAUGUGGCCGUGGGCGGCCUGCUGGGCGCCUUUGCGCUGUCCUGCGGGCUGGAGGUGGCCUUCAACGGCUACGGCACAUACCUGCUGUACGACAAGCAGCGGCCGCAGUGCGAGUCGGGGCAGCUGUGGGACCCGUUUGACGCGAUGCUGGCCCUGGUGUGGUGCACCUGGGCCGUCAUCUCCGCCUUGCUCCUACUCCUGGUGCUCACGUACAACCUGUUCCCAGACUACAGCGACCCGCGCUCCUGGGAGCGGCGCUGCAACUGCCUGGGCACGCUGUGCUGCUGCUGCCACCGCCGGGACCAGCUGUACACGGAUGCCGAGGGCAAGCCGCAGCGCGUCACCUCCCGCCUCGGCAACAUCUUUGCCACGCUCUUCUCCCACAUCGACCUCAGCGCCACUGACAUGUUCCUGGCCUUCACCCUGGCCAUGGUGCUGCAGCGCAUGCACCGCAAGCGGCGCAAGGCGGCCGCCCUGGCGGCCCAGGCGGCGGCACGAGCGGCCGGUGGCGCGGGGGCUGGCGGGCACGCCGCCCUACAGCAGCAGCAGCAGCAGCAGCAGCAGCCUGGUGCGCAGCCGCGGGGCUCGUCCCCGCGGGCCGCCGGCACGCCGCGCGGGGGCAGUACGGUCCAGCUGUCCGCCCAGAACAGCCCCGACCGUACCGCCACCGCCAGCGUGUGCAGCGCGGAUGAGCUGCUGUCGCGCGGCAGCGCUCCCGACCUGGAGCGCAGCCUUCUGGGCCUCAGCCAGAAGCGCCUGCUGCACACCCAGAUCAGCAGCAGCGGCGGGGCCGCCACCGCCGGGCGCCCAGCCCCUCCAGACCUGACCCCAGAGGAGCUGCGCCACAUAUCGCACUUCUCGCCUGCGCACCCCCAGGACGGCAACCUGCAAUUGGGGGCGGAGAAGCUCGAGGAGGGGGAUGGGGAGGGUGCGGCGCUGGGGCAGGGGCAGAGCUACGCCGAGGAGGUGGGCCUCGUGGAUGCAGAGACGCUGCGGCAGGCGGCCUGGGCCAUGAAGUUUGCCUUUGCCGGCUACGGCUACCUGCUCUUCAUCUUUUCGGCCCCCACCAUGGGCUGCCUGCAGCUGCUGUGUGGGCGCAACUGCGGCCUGCUGGUGGGCACCGCCAACGGGCGGCGGGUGCGCAAGAAGCUGGACCUGCGGCUGGCGGCGGGGCUGGCUGACAGCGACCUGCUGGAUGUGCGGUACGAGGGGGAGGCGCCGCACGUACUGCCCUACUUCCUCGCCAUCGACGAGCCCAACCGCAGCCUGGUGCUGGCCAUACGAGGCUCCCUCAGCCUAGAGGAUGUGGUGCGGGACCUGCUGUUUGAGCCCGCCUCCCUGGAUGAGUGGGUGGUGCCCGGGGGGCGGCGCUGGGAGGACCCGCCCCCAGACCUGCGCCCCGCCAGCGCCGACACUCGCUACGCCGCCCACGCCGGCAUCCUGGAGGCCGCGCGGGCCACCUUUCUGGACAUCCAGAGCCAGGGCGUGCUGCGGGACGUGCUGCUGGCCGCCGACGGGCGCUGCCACGGCUGGCAGCUGGUGGUGACUGGGCACUCCCUGGGAGCGGGCUGCGCCUACCUGCUGUCGCUCUACCUCCGCCACUUCUGCCCAGACCUGCGGUGCUGGGCUUUCUCGCCGCCGGGCGGCCUGGCCUCUGCUGAGCUCUGCGCGGCGUCGGCGGACUGGUGCACGUCGUGCGUGUGCGGCAAGGAGUGGAUUCCACGGCUGUCUGUGCGCACUUUCCAGCGCAUGCGGGACGAGAUGGUGGCCGCGGCGCUGCGAUGCAAGCAGCCCAAGUGGGUGGUGCUGGCGGGGCUGCUGCGCGGCAAGAAGUGGCGGGAGGAGGAGCUGUUCUAUGGGGCCCAGGAGCUGCCUGUUGAGGCGCGUGAGGCGCUGCGCGGCUACACCGACAGCGUGCGCCGCACCGCCGCCACCCGCUCCUUCAUCCAGCUGGCAGACGACUUCCAGCCGCCCGGGCGCUGCUUCCAGCUGAAGCCCACGGGCGUGAGCAGCUACAGCGGCGGCUGGUGGCGGCGCACCAAGCAGCGCCAGUACCGCGCCGUCUACGUGGACGGGCGCUCGCUGAUCGACCAGGGCAUCCUCAUCAGCGGCCGCAUGAUGGCAGACCACAUGCCCGACUAUGCGCUCGCCACGCUGCGGCGCCUCGCCUCUUCGAUGCGCCGCUCAGAGUCGACCACCCUGGUCAGCGACCUGGCGGGCGAGCGGCUGACGGACCAGAUCAUAAAGCAUGGGGACCAGCAGGGCGACGGAGGCAGCGAGGCGGGCAGCAGGGGUGCAAGGGAGCCACGGCGCCGUGUGGCGGUGCAGGCCGCCACUGUGCCUCCCGCGCCGCAGCCCAGCUUGCUGCGGCGAUCGGCAUCGGCUGGCCGCGACAUUGCGCGCCUUCCUGUGUAA